GUUAUUUAAAUAAAUAACUUAGUGAAUAUUAAAAACAAUAUAUUUUAGUGGAAAAAUUAAGUUUUUGUUUUUAAGAAAACGAACACAUAAGCAUAUACAUAUAUAUAAAAAUAUUUAACCAUGACAGCCGACAGUGUUCCAGAAAUAAGAGAAUUAUCACCCGAAUUGACAAAAGUAGCUAGAAAUGAAUUAAAUGAAGAUCCUCUUAGAAUUGCAAGUGAUUUGGAACAAUUGAAAGAAUGGCUUAUCAAACAACCGCAUAUUAAAGCAAGAAAAGAUGACCAAUUUUUAAUAGCAUUCCUUAGAGGUUGUAAGAAUAGUAUAGAACGUGCAAAAGAAAAAUUAGAUGCAUAUUAUACUUAUAGGACAACAGCUCCAGAAUUUUACGCAAUACGUGAUCCCUUCGAUAAAAAAAUAUUAGAAAUUUUGGAAAAAGGAGUUGUUAUACCAUUUCCUGAUGCACUAUCAGAUGGCAGUAGAGUUCUUAUUAAUCGAAUGUGUUUAUUUGAUCCGAAACAUUUUGAUAUGAAUGAAGUUGCGAAAGUUGGUUUUAUGAUAGGAGAUCAACUAUUAGUCGAAGAUGAUAAUUUUGUUGUUUGUGGAACCGUUGUGAUAGUUGAUGUUAAAGAUUUAUCUCUUGCUCAUGGAGCACAAUUUACUCCAACAUUUGUGAAGAAAAUGGCUCAAUUCGUUCAAGAUGCAUAUCCAUUUCGAUUGAAAGCCAUCCAUUUUGUUAAUGUUCCCUCAGCUUUUGAUUUCUUUUUUAAACUUUUAAGUGGAUUUUUAAGUGAAAAAAUAAGAAAAAGACUUUUUGUUCAUGAUAAUGUUGCAGAACUAGAAAAGCAUAUACCAAAAAAAUUACUUCCAAAUGAAUAUGGAGGUGAUAACGGUUCAAUUAACUUAUGGAUUUGUAAGUGGAAAGAUGAUUUGUUAUCAAAACGAGAAUGGUUCUUGGACGAUGAACAGUACAAAACUGAUGAAUCGAAGCGGAUAGGACCAGUUAAGAAUCCAGAAUUAUUAUUUGGUUUUGAUGGAUCAUUUAGAAAAUUAGAAGUCGAUUAAUAAUGUAUUUAAAAGAAAAAUAUUUAAAAUCCAAAAUUCAGAAAAAAUUGUUAUCAUUAAAACGUAAGCAAAAAACGCUGUAAUAAGAAAAUAGAAACAAGAAAUUUAAUGUAUUUAAUUUUGUGUGUUCUAAGUAAUCUAAGUGAUUAAAUUCGAUUUUUAUGUAAACAAAUUUUUCUAAUUACAAUAUUCAUUUUACAUUUAAACGAGUAUUGGGGUGAUAAGUAUUCAAUUAUCUCAUGAAUUUUUAUUAUAAUGCGCUUUUGUGUAGAUUGUGUUUUAUUUUUAGUAAUUUAUACAAAUUUUACUUUGUAUAAAAUAUUAUUCACCCAUA